AGGCAAGCAGCUGUAAUUGAGACACCUUUAAACAGGAACAUGUCCAUACAGAACAUAUCUGUGGAGCUCAUCAUCCUGGUUUUUCAAAGUUUGAACAAUAUAGAUGACUGUUUGUCUUUCUCUCAUACAUGCAAACAAUUCCAUGGGGUAUUCAAAAGAUUUCAAAUCGUAAUGUUUGAAUCGGUUAUAAUCAAUGCAAAACAUCAUCAACACGACAUCGAGCUAGGCCUCCUUCAGGAUAUCUAUGAACGUCACAAUAUAAAGGAAACAUUUCUCGAACCCGAGACAACAUAUGAUGAAGUCGAAAAGCCUGUGGUCUCUCAGAUAAAGGUCAAUCAGGUAAUUGAGGUUGUUGUCCGAUGGCAUGCCAUGAAGAUCCUUUAUGAUCUAUACAGAAGUUCCUCAAUACACUCCCAUUUCGUUCGAGCGAAUACAGUGAUUCAUCCCGCUAUGAACGAUAGGCUCCGUGAUUGUGCUACUGAAGAAGCCAUGCCAGAACCCAAGGAUUUCAAUUGUACGCUGGACUAUGGGCACAGAUAUGCAGAAUAUUCUCGAUUUUACCAUGCGUUGACAGCCCACUGGGUGCUGAUUGAAAAGAUCUGGCUUGCGAAGAUGACACACUACAAAAAGUCCUCCACCCGAAAUGAUCGCUAUAACCAGCUUUGGCAGCUAUGGGCGGAUAAUCCGGACAGGUCUCUUCGGGAGAAGCUGGAUUUGAUUGAAGUUGUCGACUUUACAUGGGGAUAUUUAGGGCGUAAUAUCUUCAAAGGGAGGUUCGCCCAGUUAUCAGACUGGGUUCCCCAAGCCGAUCUAGCACAAUUCACUGAAAAUGAAACUCCUGACUCUGCAUGGGCAUUUUUCAUCGCUCGGGUUACCCAGGAAUUGCGACCACCGCACAUCAUAGAGCUCCUUCUACUUUUGAUUUGGAACUCUGAGAUGGCAUGGAGAAUUGAUCGGCCAACUUACCUGCGCCAGUUAGGCUUUCUUGUGGAGCCUCAAAGUGUGGAAGAAUGGAAUGACACAGAUUGGCCAGACACACAAUUCUCGUUGAAUAUCUUGGAUGAAGAUGUUAUCAACAGCUUGGUUGAUAUGGUUGGCAGUGAGGAUUCUUAUGACUUAUGCGAGAAGCAAUGGUACAACUAUAAAGACACGCAGUGGCAAGGCAAUAUGCAAGGGCGUAUACUCGGAUAUGAGAUGACAUCACAGCAGCUUUUCGAACUUAUCAUGUUUUCUGGUGAUGUAUAACGCACAAAAUGAGACAGGAUUGAGACUCACAUGUUGGUCCCCUCGUGGUAUUUCGCCCGUAUAUUCCAGUAUAGUUAUUUUCUAUUUCACAUCUUAAGUAGUACCACUUACAGCCUGAUUGGGAAAAGAAAAGAAAAUACCUGUCUUAGCAUAUGCCUGGGUUGUGUGUCUAAUGAAUCUAAU